CAGAAUUUCAACUACUCGUGCUUUGAGUUUGAUUCUCGUUGGAUUUUUCACGAUGGCGAGUCUUCAAUUCCUCAGAUCUGAUGGAGACAGCGGGAAGCUUGAGGCAACGGUAGAUCGGCUUCUGAAUGAAGAGAAGCAGAUGAGACUCGCGGAAAACGUCGCCGGUACAAGGAAAGCCGCCACUGAGAUUCUUCAGCUUUGUUUCGAAGCUAAGGAUUGGAAGCUUCUGAAUGAGCAGAUUCUCAAUCUGUCUAAGAAACGUGGUCAGCUCAAACAGGCUGUGCAAUCCAUGGUGCAGCAAGCGAUGCAGUAUAUUGAUCAGACACCAGACAUCGAAACUCGGAUAGAGCUUAUUAAGACGUUGAACAAUGUAUCUGCUGGAAAGAUAUAUGUUGAAAUCGAGAGGGCACGUCUCACAAAGAAGCUUGCUAAGAUUAAGGAAGAACAGGGUCAAAUAGCUGAAGCUGCAGAUCUUAUGCAAGAAGUUGCUGUGGAGACAUUUGGCGCUAUGGCAAAAACUGAGAAAAUUGCAUUUAUCCUUGAACAAGUUCGCUUGUGCUUGGAUCGUCAAGAUUUUGUUCGUGCACAAAUCUUAUCUAGGAAGAUCAAUCCUAGAGUUUUUGACGCAGACACAAAGAAAGAUAAGAAGAAACCUAAGGAAGGUGAUAACAUGGUAGAGGAGGCUCCUGCUGAUAUACCAACCUUGUUGGAGCUUAAGCGGAUUUACUACGAGCUUAUGAUUCGGUACUAUACUCAUAACAAUGAGUACCUUGAAAUCUGCCGUAGCUACAAGGCGAUAUAUGAUAUCCCUUCUGUAAAAGAAACACCGGAGCAGUGGAUUCCGGUCCUGAGGAAGAUCUGCUGGUUCUUGGUCUUGGCACCUCAUGACCCAAUGCAAUCAAGCUUGCUCAAUGCAACUCUGGAAGACAAGAAUUUAUCAGAAAUCCCUGAUUUCAAGAUGCUUCUAAAACAGGUAGUGACAAUGGAGGUUAUUCAAUGGACAUCUCUGUGGAACAAAUACAAGGAUGAGUUCGAGAAAGAGAAAAGCAUGGUUGGAGGUUCUUUGGGUGACAAAGCUGGUGAAGAUCUGAAACUGAGAAUCAUCGAACAUAAUAUCCUGGUUGUCUCAAAGUAUUACGCAAGGAUAACCUUAAAGAGACUUGCCGAGCUUUUGUGCCUGAGCAUAGAGGAGGCGGAGAAGCAUCUGUCGGAGAUGGUAGUGUCAAAAGCACUGAUUGCAAAGAUAGACAGACCAUCAGGGAUUGUGUGCUUCCAGAUCGCAAAGGACAGCAACGAGAUUCUAAACUCGUGGGCAGGGAAUUUGGAGAAGCUUUUAGAUCUUGUCGAAAAGAGUUGCCACCAAAUUCACAAGGAAACCAUGGUUCACAAAGCCGCUCUCAGACCUUGAAAACAACAUGUGUCUUCAUGAAACUUAUUUCAGGAUCUUCUUCGUUGAGUUAUUAGCAUCUUUAUGUGGUAAAAACACGAACCAGUGUUUCCUUUUAAAAAUGUACUAUGAUUGUGUACACUAACGAAGUUUUUUGCCACUUAUUGGUUAUUUCAAGUAUUUGUUGUUGGUGGAUUAAUUUUUGGUUAAAUUGUUAGAAUUUUACAUGAAUUAAAUUUUCAUGUAACGA